GUUGCGAAUAUAAACACUAAUUUCCUUUUGUCUUUAAAUCUGUUCUAUAUGCUAAUUUUCUGUCUUAUUUUUAACCGAUCACUUAUAGAACAAUAAUAUCGUAAUAUUCAUGCCUGUUUAUUUGCCACAUCAUGAGAAAAGAAUAUCUAGACGAUUCUGUAAAUGGGAGUUAUUUAAGAAAAAAAUAUAUGAAGGUUCUUGAUACGAGCAGUAGAAGCAAAAACAAUAUUUUUUUAGAAUUUUUGUCUGUCUAAAUAUUUUUUUUUUAAUGGGUGAAAAUGGUAUGGUAACCCCGCCUGCGCUAACGGUAUACGCUGGCGGAGCACCAGUGAAGGGUGAUAGAUGAAAAUGAAAACAGGCCAGUUAGCCCAUCAUGAAUUAUCAUCAGAAAUUAACCAUGAUAGUUUCCAGGGGCAACCGCGAGGAGGUCGACCUGGUUGGGUAUAUUGCUAGCAAUGGGAUUCUCAGUCUCCAUUACUAACAUACCCUUUCCCCCCUUGUCUAAAUAUUUGUUCUGGCAUCACGGAAAUACUACUUGCAUCGAUUUUCACGGUCGUGAAAAGCUAACUUAAAAACUAUUAUUAUCAUUGGGCAAAAAGCUAUUAAUAAAUAUAACGGUACAAUAAAUUUCCUGAACUUUUAGGAAAUUAUUGGAUAAAAACCCAAUAAAUACAUGACUUACAGAUUUAUAGAAAAAUUACAAAAUGAUGUACUUGGCUAUCUAAUUAAUAUCUAUCACUGCGAUUAUGCCACGUUUGUUUUUAUUAUUUUUCUAUCUUUACAUAAGCUAUUUGUGAUUUUUUUUACUACAGGCAAUUGGGUGGAGGAUAAGACCGAAUGUCCCAAAGGUGGCACGUUAUAUUUCCCGCCCAAAGACAUUAUAGACAAAGAAAAAUUGAAACCAGAGUCGAGACAACCUGAUUUCAGAUUAAAUAAAUUAAACAGUUUACAGGGUAACGUAUCUGCAAUAAUACGUCACGAUACCCACGACACCUGUGCAAACUUCGCUACCAUCACUGAUCUUGUCUACAACCAUCUACCAAAGCCGUUGUGCGGCCCUAUUCAACGAUAUUACAAGUGGAGUGCUCAUCAAUUUUACCCUCAGCCGGAUCUAAUGAAAUGUUUCUCUGUACAGGGAAAUGUCACUGAAUGGGGCUUGAAGAAAUUCAAACAGCACGAGUGGGCCUGCACCGAUGUCUCUGACUAUACAUCCACUCUGUACGAAGAUACCUACUUACCGCCACAACCUCAUCAAUAUCUCCAAAAAUGUGAACGAAGGGCACGAAAUUCGAGCUUCACAAAAAGUUUCAGAUUUAAAAUGACAAAACCAAAACAAUGAUAACAUCAAGAAUCAUUUUCUCUUCACUUUUUGCAUAAAUUACGAGUCUUUAUAAUAUCACAUUUUGUUCGACAAGAGGACAGUGACGUC